GUGCAGAGGGCAGGCCAUUGGCGCGGGACAGCAGAACCUGCAGCCUCCGGCCAUGGCGGGACCUGAGUGGCAGUCCCUGGAGCAGUGCUUGGAAAAGCACUUGCCACCCGAUGAUUUGGACCAGGUGAAGCGAAUUCUCUAUGGCAAGCAGACGAGGAAUCUCGAUCUGCCCAGAAAAGCUUUAGAAGCCGCCUCCGAGAGAAACUUUGAGCUAAAGGGAUACGCCUUCGGGGCAGCCAAGGAGCAGCAGAGAUGCCCGCGGGUCGUGCGCGUGGGGCUGGUUCAGAACAGGAUCCCGCUCCCCACUUCCGCCCCUGUGGCAGAACAGGUCUCUGCCCUCCACAAGCGCAUAGAGGCUAUUGCCGAGGUAGCCGCCAUGUGUGAAGUCAACAUCAUUUGUUUCCAGGAAGCAUGGAAUAUGCCCUUUGCUUUUUGUACACGAGAGAAACUUCCUUGGACGGAGUUUGCUGAGUCGGCGGAGGAUGGGCCCACCACCAGGUUCUGUCAGAAGCUGGCAAAGAGACACAACAUGGUGGUGGUGUCUCCAAUUCUGGAACGAGACGGAGAUCACGGGGGAGUUUUGUGGAACACGGCUGUGGUGAUCUCCAACUCGGGACUGGUCAUGGGGAAGACCAGGAAGAACCACAUUCCCAGAGUGGGUGACUUCAACGAGUCCACCUACUACAUGGAGGGCAACCUGGGCCACCCCGUGUUCCAGACCCAGUUUGGCAGGAUCGCGGUGAACAUCUGUUACGGGCGCCACCACCCCCUCAACUGGCUCAUGUACAGCAUGAACGGCGCUGAGAUCAUCUUCAACCCCUCGGCCACCAUCGGAGAACUCAGUGAGUCCAUGUGGCCCAUCGAAGCCAGAAACGCAGCCAUUGCCAACCACUGCUUCACUUGUGCCAUUAACCGUGUGGGUCGGGAACACUACCCCAAUGAGUUUACUUCUGGAGAUGGAAAGAAAGCUCAUCAUGACCUUGGCUACUUCUAUGGCUCGAGCUAUGUGGCAGCUCCCGAUGGCAGCCGGACCCCGGGCCUCUCACGCAAUCAGGAUGGGCUGCUGGUCACGGAGCUCAACCUCAAUCUCUGCCAGCAGAUUAAUGAUUUCUGGACUUUCAAGAUGACAGGCCGAUUUGAGAUGUACGCCCGAGAGCUGGCUGAAGCUGUCAAGCCCAGCUACAGUCCCAACAUCGUGAAGGAAGACCUGGUUCCAGCCCCUAGCUCGGGUUAGGUCUGGGGACAUCUCUGGCCCCAGUGGAUAAGUUUUAAAAUGUCUGGGGGG